AUGAUUCGAUGGGCCGCAGUUUUGCGUUGUGGUUCUCAUGGCGUGCGUGAGGAUCGCCAGGCCCUGGCGCGCCAUCACUUGAAUCUCCUCGACAAGCGCCAUUGGGAGCUGACAACGCCGUCGCGGGCGCUGCCGGUGGUGGAGGUCUUGAUCCGUUCCGGUGUUUUGAUGGACAGACUUGAAAAAAGUAGCACCAAGCCCCUGGCGAGCUUGACUCCAUCCAUGACGAAAAAGGAGCGCAGCUUGGUGGAGAAAUUCUCUCACAUGCUUCACCAAACCUCGCCACCUACGGCAUGUCACAUUUCCAGGAAUGUAGUGGUGGAGGACGAGGCGGUUAGUGCCGCAUAUUCGGCAGCAUGCGCUACCGGAACGUGCACGAUCGAUGUGGUAGUCGACGUGGUUUUCGUGCGACACCUUCGAUUUCCUUCGUCUGCGCUGAUGCUGCUGGAGCUGAUGGAGUCGAGAUGCAUGAAAGUGUGCUGGACAAGAGGGAAACCGUGCCUCUCCAAGGAGGUGCUAGACUCCAUUUGCGACCUUUUUGCCGAACACGAGCAGUCACUGGACUUCAGGGCAACGUGCUGGUUGCUCUCGCUGCUGGGCGGUGAUACCCAGGUCAGCGGCCCCCCAAUUACACUGUCUGCCGGAAAGCGGCUCUUUCGGCUCUGUGUGCGCCGCAUUCAUUACCUGCUUCCCGACCUGCCACUCGAAGAUCUCCUCCUCGUGUAUGUGCAGCUUGCGCACAUCGAGGGCUACGAGAAGCCGUUCAUUGUUCUUGGCGAAAUUGAGAGGCUGGUCCUCUCUACCCCGUCAGAUCAAUUCACCGGUGUAAGCACCAACGUGCUCUUGUGGUUUAUGACGAUGCCGUUCGCGGUGCGGCACGCCGAUUUGAAUCUGCGCCUGUGUACCGGCUGGACCGCGGCUUCGAGGAUAACAGAUUUUACGAAGGAGGAGUGCCUCGCUGCGUUCACAAUCGUUGCCGCGCUGCAUGAGGGCUGCUCUGCUGAAAGUGCAGCCGUGGCUGCGGCACUUCGGGACUGGGAAACGCUGCACGACGCCCUUUUUGCACAGGUUUUCUUUGUUGCGCAUGAGAUGACGGCGACCGACUGCUUUCGCAUCAUGGACCAGUCGGAGCUGAUCAAUAUAUCGGGAUGGGGCAUCACCGUGCCGCAAAUGCUGCUCGAGAAGCUCAAGAAAAGAAUCCUGUCGGAGUGCACGCACUAUGCCAUGGAUGAAUGUCGUGUUCCUGAGGCAGCGGAGCGGCUGCUGCGGGCUGCGCUUGGGUUGCAGGCGUUGAUGCAGCGCUACACAGUGCUGCCAAGCAACGCGGCCGACGAGCACGCUGUUGCUGAGUGCAUUCUUCUUCUUGAGCGCUGUAUUCCGGCGCUCCCACCUCACGGUUGA